AUGAAAAGCGUGAGGGGGCCUCCGCUCUUUCAUUACACGCCUGUGUCACGUCUUCUUAAGUCGAUGGCUUUGAAUAUAUUCCCUUCAGAAACUCCUCCUCUCAUGCGAGAAUACAUUUUUCACAAUGUUCCAAAAGAAUACUUGAGAAGACGGGAGCUAGUCUUCGAUCCAAAUGUUCAAAUACCACCAAAGGGAUUAGCAUUCUCUGGUGACUUUGAGUCAGGCAAUUUGGGCUGUGUUUGGAAGAUUGCUCCAAGGAUUUAUGAAAUAAAUUUGUUACCUGAUCCUUCAAGAAUGUAUUCAGCUACCUGGUUUUACUUCAAGGUCGACAACAUCACUCCGGGUGAGUACUCUUUUAUCAUAUCAGGUUUCUAUAGGGAUGCUCAGUUACAUAACCAAGGUGUUCAACCUGUUGCGCUCUCAAUGAACAAUGUGAGACGAGGUGGUGGCUGGGAGAGAAUAGGCAGCAGACUGAAUUUCUGGUGUAGCAAAACAAGUAGAACUGCUCCGGAGUACUCAUUAGCGUUUUCAUUCAAUGUAAUAGCGCGAGAUACGAUGUACUUUGCUUAUCUUUACCCGUAUACAUACAGCGACCUCAGAUCUUUCAUAACUUCGUCAAAAUUAAAUGCAACUUCGAUUUGCGUUUCUUCUGGUGGCAUUGACGUCCCUGCAAUCUUCUGGGAUGCAGAUGUCAGAAACUUCGUAAGACCAAUCAACAAAAUCUUCGUCAAAAAGAAAAAUUACAAUUAUAAGCCUUUAAUCGUUAUAGCAGCAAGAUUACAUCCCGGAGAGUCGAAUAGUUCAUAUGCAAUGGAAGGCUUCAUGGCUAGACUCUUCGAUGGCAGUAAUAAUUCGAAAUCUUUGUUGAAUAACUUUUCCUUCUUACUUUUACCGAUGAUGAACCCUGAUGGCGUUAUCUGUGGCUACUUUAGACCUCAACUUACAGGAACAGACAUGAAUAGAGUCUGGAGACGUCCAGAUAAACGUCAUAUUCCGGAAGCAGCUUCAGUUGUUGCACUUUUGGACGUGUUAAGUCAAACAAGACCGAUCAUGUUCCUUCUAGAUUUCCACGGACAUACCGCUCAGUGCAAUGCUUUCACAUACGGAGUCAGGGACCCGAGAACAAGGUUAAAUGAGUAUGAACCGUUAUUCCCGAGAAUUGUUGGCAAGUAUACAUCAUUGUUUGAUGUAAAUGAGUCAAUUUCUUUCCAUUCAAGAGAAUAUCCAACGACAAUGCGAGUUGCAUUGCAUCACAGAUACAAUAUUCCAUUUGCUUAUACAUUGGAGAUGAGUUUUGGCGGAUUAAAUAUUGGAGAAAGAGCUGGAACUCAAUUGACUGAAGAUUCUUACAGAGAAGUUGGAAUUGCAACCGUUGACGCUAUUGGAGAACUGUUGCUUGUAUCAGCACCAAUAGAAGAAAUCACAAGUUGCUACAUUCCUCCUCAAUUAUUUUAA